AGAUGGAUGUUUGGGCAAAGGAAAGAGAUGUUGCUGGUCUUAGAGCUAGCAUUAAUACAUUGACAUCUGAGGUGCAACGCUUGAUUAAAACCUGUGCAGAGUGGAAAGAAGCAGAAGAAUCUUUGAGGAGAAAGUGGAAGAAAAUUGAAGAAUUUGACUCUCGCAGAUCAGAACUUGAGUCCAUCUAUACUGCACUUCUUCAGGCUAACAUUGAUGCAUCUGAAUUCUGGGACCACCAACCAGCAGCCGCACAAGAAUAUGCGGCAAGAACGAUCAUUCCAGCAUGCACUGCUGUGGUUGAUAUCUCGUCGAGUUCGAAGGAUCUUAUAGAGAAAGAGCUGUCCUCCUUCCAUCAGAGCCUGGAUGAUAGAUUAUUCAUGCUGCCAUCAACACCACAGAUAUUGGCUAUGGAUUCUAAACAAUGUAGAUCUUCACUUGGCAAGGCUCUAAUUGAGGCUUUUGGUACUACCGGAGCGAUGGGUGCAGAAGCCCAAGCAGCUGCAGAAAAAAAUGCAUCCUUAAUAACAGCAAGAGCUGGUGCUGGAGAUCCAUCUGCAGUACCUUCUAUUUGUCGCAUUUCUGCUGCUCUUCAGUAUCACUGUGGUUUAGAAGGAACAGACGAUGCCCUAGCAUCUGUUUUGGAAGCAUUAGACUUCUGCUUAAAACCUUGGGAUUCUGAGGCUGUCAUAUUAGAAAAUUUGUCAAAGGCUAUCAAUGUAUUUCACACACGACGAAAUCUCAUCGACAACGGCCGAGCUUUGUUAAAUCGUGCUCAUCGUGUGCAACAAGAAUACGAAAGGAUGGGCAAUCAUUGUCUCAAGUUAGCUGCCGAGCAAGAGAAAGUUGUCACAGAAAGAUGGCUACCUGAGCUCCGAAAUGCUAUUGUGGAUUCUCAAAGAUGUCUGGAAGAUUGCCAGCGUGUGAGGGGUUUGGUUGAUGAAUGGUGGGAGCAGCCUGCAGCGACUGUGGUGGAUUGGAUAACCGUUGACGGGCAGAAUGUAAGCACUUGGCUCAACCAUGUAAAGAAGUUACAAAUGGCGUUUUAUGAUAAGCAGCUCCUUUAAACUUAAUUUACCUAUUCUUCUGCUCGCUAAUCUUAUCAAAUAUCGUCUUGAUGGAAAGUUAAUAUUAAUUUGCAUUUAUAACAUGUCAUGUUCCAUAGCAUGGUGAGAAUAUUGCCAUUUUUGUUCGGAAAAUUGGAUUAUUAGUGAUGAGGUUUUUGUUCAUUGGAUUUACAUUGAGAUGCGUGCAAUAUAUCAGCUAUUGUGUUGCAAGCAUCUCAACGUAGAUCCAAUGCUUAAAAAAAUCCCAUUUUUGAUCAAUUGUAAAUCAGUAUAUUCUGACCCGAAUUUAAGCUGAUUGAGUCUUACAGUCUUCAGAGGGAUUGUAUUUAUGGAUGAUACAAAGGAGGAAAUUUUUAUGUAUUUGCAUUUA